ACUGGUGGUUGCCCUCCCUUGAUUUUUCCUGCUAUAUUUUUGGAUUCAAAUUGUUUUUCCUAACAACGAACAAGAUGCGAUCCCAACCAGCCCAGCUUUACGAUCUGUCAAAGAGAGCCAUCGCCGCAAAGGAAUCGUACAAGAAGAUGUCUCCGAGCAAGAAAAAGGAGGAAAAUGCGAAAAGCAACGCCAACAGAGCUUCGAGGAAAGGAAGUGGGCCGAAGAAGGCCAAGCCUUCUGAUGCUGUGAAAAGGGCGAAGGAAGCCGAAAAACGAGAGAAGAAGAGGUUGAGCGACAAGAAACGAUGGGAGGAAUUAAAUGAUGCAGCGAAGGAGGUCGUUCGAGCUAAUGCACGAGAAGCGUCAGCAAGACGCAGGGCUGGUCGCGAUGCAGGCCUGUCAGCGAAUCCGAAACGCUCGCCACGAUGGUCUCCGCAACCGGACCCUUCCACGCCAUCAUCCUCCACAUCAUCCUCCACAUCAUCCUCGCCGUCGUCGUCAUCCACUCCACUUACCAGCACACAGAGACGCUCGCCACGAUUCCACGCCGCCCCUUGAUUGAUUGAUUGAUCUUUCCCCCAACUAACAUUUCAUACUUACCCCGCUAUCAUGUAAAAUAUUUAUUUCGCAUCCCUCCCCCUUGCCAUUAAUCUUAUAAAACAGGUGCCCCCUCUUGCAAUUUACCAUGUAAUUAUGAAUAAAUCAUCACUGUCUC